GACAAAAAGUAGUUCUUCCCCCCUCCUCCUCCUCUCCUUUUUCUCGCUAAUCCCGCCUCCUCCUCAGAGUUAGGAAGACUCGUUGAUACGUUUGGGUUGCUGCAAGGCUUUUCUUUUCUUUCUUUCUUUUUUUUAAUACCCAGAAAAGGAAAAACAAGAACCUUCGGAUUUGAUUUUUCGCUCCUCGUUCUUGUCCUUGGUUCUGACUGUGUUUGUGUGUUUUCACGGCGAGAAGACGAGGGGAACAAAACCCGCCGAAGCCCUCCAUCACUGUGGGUGGUUUUAAUUUUUCGUUUUUCUCCGAAUUUUUAAAAAACAACCACUCUUCACAAUGAACAAACUGUAUAUCGGAAACCUAAGCGAGAAUGCCGUCCCUACGGACCUGGAAAGUAUCUUCAAGGACGCCAAGAUCCCAGUGUCGGGACCCUUCCUAGUGAAGACGGGCUACGCGUUCGUGGACUGUCCGGACGAGAGCUGGGCCCUCAAGGCCAUCGAGGCGCUUUCAGGUAAAGUGGAACUGCACGGGAAAUUAAUGGAAGUUGAGCACUCUGUCCCAAAAAGACAAAGGAUCCGGAAACUUCAGAUACGGAAUAUCCCACCUCAUUUACAGUGGGAGGUGUUGGAUAGUUUACUAGUCCAGUAUGGAGUGGUGGAAAGCUGUGAGCAAGUGAACACUGACUCGGAAACUGCAGUCGUAAAUGUAACCUAUUCCAGUAAGGACCAAGCUAGACAAGCAUUAGACAAGCUAAAUGGAUUCCAGUUGGAGAGCUUCACAUUGAAAGUGGCCUACAUCCCUGAUGAAAUUGCUGCCCAGCAGAACCCCUCGCAGCAGCCCCGAGGUCGCCGUGGGUUUGGGCAGAGGGGCUCAUCGAGACAGGGGUCUCCAGGAUCAGUCUCCAAGCAGAAACCAUGUGACUUGCCACUACGCCUGCUCGUCCCCACCCAGUUUGUUGGAGCCAUAAUAGGAAAAGAAGGCGCCACUAUUCGGAACAUUACCAAACAGACUCAGUCUAAAAUUGAUGUCCAUCGUAAAGAGAAUGCAGGCGCUGCUGAGAAGUCCAUUACUAUCCUCUCUACCCCUGAAGGUACCUCUGCGGCUUGUAAGUCUAUUCUGGAGAUUAUGCAUAAGGAAGCUCAAGAUAUAAAAUUCACAGAAGAGAUUCCCUUGAAGAUAUUAGCCCAUAAUAACUUUGUAGGCCGUCUUAUUGGUAAGGAGGGAAGAAACCUUAAAAAAAUUGAGCAAGACACUGACACUAAAAUCACAAUAUCUCCAUUGCAGGAAUUGACGCUGUAUAAUCCAGAGCGCACCAUUACAGUUAAAGGCAACGUUGAAACAUGUGCCAAAGCUGAGGAAGAGAUAAUGAAGAAAAUCAGGGAGUCUUAUGAAAAUGAUAUUGCUUCUAUGAAUCUUCAAGCACAUUUAAUUCCUGGAUUAAAUCUGAAUGCCUUGGGUCUGUUCCCACCCACUUCAGGGAUGCCACCUCCCACCUCAGGGCCCCCUUCAACUAUGACUCCUCCUUACCCACAGUUUGAGCAAUCAGAAACGGAGACUGUCCAUCUGUUUAUCCCAGCCCUAUCUGUUGGCGCCAUUAUCGGCAAGCAGGGACAGCACAUCAAGCAGCUCUCUCGCUUUGCAGGAGCUUCUAUUAAGAUUGCUCCAGCUGAAGCCCCAGAUGCUAAAGUGAGGAUGGUGAUUAUCACUGGGCCACCAGAGGCUCAGUUCAAGGCUCAGGGAAGAAUUUAUGGAAAAAUUAAAGAAGAAAACUUUGUUAGUCCUAAAGAAGAGGUGAAACUUGAAGCUCAUAUCAGAGUGCCAUCCUUUGCUGCUGGCAGAGUUAUUGGAAAAGGAGGCAAAACGGUGAAUGAGCUCCAGAAUUUGUCAAGUGCAGAAGUAGUUGUCCCUCGUGAUCAGACACCUGAUGAGAAUGACCAAGUGGUUGUGAAAAUAACUGGUCACUUCUAUGCUUGCCAGGUUGCCCAGAGAAAAAUUCAGGAAAUUUUGACUCAGGUAAAACAGCACCAACAGCAGAAAGCUCUGCAAAGUGGACCACCUCAGUCAAGACGGAAGUAAAGGCUCAGGAACCAGCCCACCACAGAGGCAGAUGCCAAACCAAAGACAGAUUGCUUAACCAACAGACGGGCACUGAACCCCUAAUAUCCAGAGUUACGUGCACAAGUUUUUACCUAGCCAGUUGUUUCUGAGGACCAGGCAACUUUUGAACUCCUGUCUCUGUGAGAAUGUAUACUUUAUGCUCUCUAAAAUGUAUGACACCCAGCUUUAAAAAAAAAAAAAAAAAAAAAAAAGGAGGGGGGAGGGAGGGAAAAAGAGGAACUCUGCACUUCCCUUUUGUUGUAUUCUCAGUGUAACAAAUAUUCUAAUUUUUCUUACUAUACCCUCCUAAUGCCAGAAAUUGGUGUAAUGAUGCAGUACUAAAUUAAUAAAAUGUAGACUGCUCCCAAAUCCAAUUGUUAAAAUUGGAUCAGAAUAGAAUGAUUAUAGGAACUUAAAUGUUAAGCUAUUAGCAUAGAAAAACUGUUGUCAGUUUUAUUUUUAAUGUAACACUAACAUGAAUAACCUAAGGGAAGUGCUGAAUGGUGUUGGCAGGGGUAUUAAACGUGCAUUUUUACUCAACUACCUCAGGUAUUCAGUAAUGCAAUGAAAGCAAAAUUGUUUUUGUUUUUGUUCUGAAAUUUUAUAUACUUUAUAAAGAUAAAAGUCCAACAGUUUUUAAAAAAACUUUAAUUAGCUAACAGGAGAAUAACAGAAAAUUUUUACUUCUGGUUAGUGACCGUAAAGCUGGAAAAUUAAUUUCAGGUUUUUUGAGGCUUUUGACACCAUUAGUUGGAAAAUCUAAUAAAUGUUCAGUGAUAUGGAGCAGUGCCUAUAUUUGGAGAGCAGCAAUACCAUUUAAUUUUUUGUUUAUGGUAGGGAACUUUUUUGAUGGUACUAACAGAGCAAAGUGGUUGCAGGAGGUUUUGGAACGGCUAGUUGAAAUGGCUUCAGAAGACUUCAGUUUUUUUGUUCGGCUGUGUGAUUAAAUGCAUUAAAAUGCUUUGUGCUUUAGACUAUCACUACCUAAUGAAGAGAUGCAGCCCCUGUGGACUUGAAACUGGCCAAAAAGCAAGCUUUCAGCUUGUCUUAUAGGAUGCUUAGUUUGCCAACACGCUUCAGACCAGUUGGUCUACAUGUUGAGCAGACCCAACAGAACUGCUUUGUGAAGACCAGUGGGGUACUCAGAGGGUGGGGCAGUGUUCAAAGGCAAUAUCAAGGCUACAUCUCCAUGUGCCAGGCACUGUCAUGAGCCUCGCUAAGCUAUUUUGAAGAUUUUUAAAUAAUGAUAAAUCAAGAAAAAUGUAAAGCCACCUAAAAUAUUACAU